UUAUAAUUAUUUAUUUAAUUUAACCAAAUAUUUAUGCUCAUUUUGCGUAAUGCAAAACCCUUCCACUAAAAAGGGUUCAGCAUCCGUUGCAAUCUUUUUUUGUGAAACCCUCCCACAGUUCGGUAUGAAACGAUUGACACAUCCCCCAGCAAUGAAAAGCCGGGAAAAUAAUUUGUUUUGAUUGCAAUAAAAAACCACCACGAGGCUUACCGUCGUACAUUUCCUGCACAUCGAUCGUGGUUUCUUGCGCGUGCUGAGUGUGGUUUGGACAUUGGUGAAAUGGCACAGAAUUCGGAUGCCGUUAAGCAGGCGAUGUUUGAGGAGUUGGAAAAGAUAUUGCACCCUGAUUCCGAGCAGCGGAAAUCUGCCGAAGCACGGCUGGCUCAGCUAAAGUUUACCGAAUGGUAUGGAGUGAUUUUGGCUGAGUUUACUGUCGAACAGCAGAUACAUAUCGGUUUGCGGCAAUUGGCCUCCGUGAUGCUGAAACAGUAUGUCAACGAUUGCUGGGCCGAUGGAGGUGACGUUGACGAUGUUGGGGAUCUAUCUGCUGUCGAUGCCGCUGCAGCCAGCACAACUCCAGCACUGCUAGUUAAUGAUGAGGCUAAGCGAAGGAUAAAACAGAUCCUACCCGAGGGUUUGUACGAUCAAAACAGCAAGAUUCGUUCGGUCGUAGCGUACUGCAUAGCCAACAUCGCACUGUACGAUUGGCCAGGUGACUGGCAGGAACUGUUUGACGUCAUCGUAAAGUGUUUGAGCGGCACGGAAAACUCCGUCGAUGGAGCGAUGAAAGUGCUGGCCGAAUUCACCCUCGAACUGGAUCGACAGGUCGGCGAAGUGGCUCCGUUGAUCCUUUCGGAGGUUUAUCGCAUUUUUACCGCCGCCAACCAGUACAACGUGACGGCUCGCAAGUAUGCGGUAGAAAUACUGUACUCGCUGCUACGGAGCAUUAACACAAACAUUGAAACGCGUCAAGAAAAAUCCGCCAUCCUCAACCCGGUGCUGCCUAACUUUAUGCAACGGCUCAUCGAAGGUCUAACCGCCCCGAAUGGUCCCCAUAGCAGUUUUCCACUGAAAACACAAAUAAUAAAAAUCCUGAAGUACAUGAUUUCCGACAUGUCCAAGUUCGUACAACCGUACGUGGGUACGAUCCUGCCAACGAUCUGGCAGCUCCUAACGCAGCUAGCCGACUUUUACGUGAAAGUCGUCGUGAACGAAAUCGAAGCGGCACCGUUUAACGGUACCGAACAGGACGAAGACGUGGUCGAUGAUUUUGUGCAGAUGAUAUUACAAAUUUUCGAGUUCGUGCACACGAUUAUUGAGAUGAAAAAGUACAAGGCAGCGAUCAUGAACGUGCUGACCGAUCUCGUGUACAUAACCAUGCUGUACAUGCAGAUCACGGAGGAACAGGCCCGCCAAUGGCUCGAUGAUCCAGAAAAGUUUGUCGACGAUGAGGAUGAGCAAGGGGUCGAAUUUACGAUACGUGUGACCGCGCAUGACGUACUGCUGAUAGUAGGCCGGGAGUAUGAAAAUCAGCUACUGCCCUGUUUCACUGAAGCGCUGGGGAAGCACAGUGCCGUAGCGGAAGUCGAUCGAAAUGCGGGCAAUCCACACUGGUGGAAGAUUCACGAAUCGUCCAUGUUGGCGGUCGGUUCGUUUAAGGACAUGAUCGUGGAAAGUCCGGCCAGUUUCGAUAUGGGACAGUAUUUGGCACUGAUCAAGAUGCUGAUGGAGAGUCGAGCGUCCCCGUAUCUGCUGGGUCGCUGUUUGUGGCUGUUGAGCCGGUUUUGCGAAUGUGACAUUCUACGGCAACCGUUCAUGGAGCAGAUUAUCAACGUAACGGUCGACAGUUUGUCGAUGGAUAAACCGAUCGUGCUGCGAAUAAUGGCCGCACGAGCAAUUUAUGGAUUCUGCGGUAACCUUAAGGACAACAAGGACGAACGUCACGUGCUAAUACUGUCCAAGCUGGAACAUUUCUUCGAUGGAUUGGUUGGAUUGUUUGAACAAUCGCAAAACACGGUGGUUGGUUUGCUGCUGGAAGCGUUAAGUGCGAUCAUUUCGUUCGAUGUCAACGUUACGGCCACACUGUGUCCGAAGAUAAUCAAUGUCACGAUGAGCGUGUUCCAGAAAUAUCACGACGAUCGUUUCCUGCUGGAAAUGGUACAGGAUGUGUUGAAGAUCCUUUCCCAGAACCCGUUCUGUUUGCUGCCGCUUCAAGAUCGCAUCAUCCCGACGAUCGUAAACAUCCUCAACCACGAGCAGGCAGGCGAACAAACACUACUGUCGCCCGAAAUAGCACUCGAUGUGUUGCAAACGCUCGUAAAAUAUUCCCAGGCACCGUUGAGCGAUGCCAUGAUCGAAAGCGCCUUCCCGUCCGCUGUCCAUUGUAUUCUGCGUGCCGAAGAUCACUCGGUAAUGCAAGCGGGUGGAGAAUGUUUGCGAUCGUUCCUGGCCGUUUCGCCGGAGCAAAUUUGUCGCUACAAGAACGGCGAGGGACUAAACUAUGUGCUGCAGGUCACGACCAUGCUGCUCAAUCCGAUGAACACGGAAUCGACCGCAUCGUUCAUCGGCAGGUUGGUUAUUACUAUCAUUACCAAGGUGGGCAACCUUUUGGGCGAUUCGGUCGAUCUAUUGCUGAAAGCGGUUCUGAGCAAGAUGCAGCUGGUAAAAAGUCUCAACGUAAUUAUGAGCUUGGUCACCAUUUUUGCACAUUUAAUUCUGCUCCAGCUUGACGCGGUCAUGAACUUUCUCAGCACGGUGCCGGGACCCACCGGUGAAACGGCCAUGAGCUUCGUGCUGGCAAACUGGCUUAGCCGGCAGCAUCUGUUUUAUGGUCAGUACGAACGUAAGGUAACGACGCUAGCGCUUUGCAAGCUGUUCGAACAUGGUGUCACCACGAAGGACGAUCGGUUAAACACGGUCAUGAUCAAGGAGCAGGUGCCGGCGACUACCGGCAAUGCAGCGAACAACACCAACGCCCGUCGUACACGAUCGACCGCCGCUAAAACAGCGACCGUGUGGAUCGACACACCGGUGUUGGUGAAAAUAUUCAAACUGUUGCUUCACGAGCUGGGCAGUUUGCGUGAGGCUAAGGAAGCUCACAGCAAGAAUCAGGACAGCGGAGACGAGGCAAACAGUUCGAGCGAUGAGGACACAGACGUCAGUGGAGAUGGUGGUGUUGGCAAGAUAUCAUUUCUUACCCUGUUAACUCAGAUGGAUGAAGGUGACGAUGAUGAGGAAGAGGACGAAGAUGAUCGACAGCUGAUGGCAGAAUUGAUGAACGAUCCUAUCUUCCAGUGUGAUACGAUGGAGUAUUUGAUCAAAUUCAUCGAAAGCUUUAGCCAUCACGAGAAUUUCCUUGCGUUUCUGGGCAAGAUCGACGAGGCGGAGAAAAAGAUACUGCAAACGAUGAACAUCCCUCCAAUGUAACGAACUUUUGCAUACAUACCCACCAGCAGCCCAGGGCGUAAAACGCCCCGGGGGGGGGGGCAAAGUGAGGAGUAUCCAAUCACAUGCCGGUCGGUAACAUCAUUCACCUUCGUCUGCAUGCGGAGAGUAAGGUUUAAUUUUGCGCAUUACUUCAUCCGACUCUUCUUUAUUUGUUUCAAUUCAAUGUGAUUCUAUUUCGAAAAUAUACACAAAUUGCGUAGCGCAAUCACCAUUA